GUUAAUUUAACAAUUAAUGCUUUAAGCAAAAUGAGUAUAAGAAUUUGCUGUGAAAGUCUUUUUUAAACUGUACUAUAUGUCUCUAUUCAAGGGAAUCCACACAUUCCUGUUAAAUCCUAGUUCAUGAUCGAACUGAAAAUGUUUUACAAAAUUUAGCCCUGAUUCCCAUUCAACACCCAGUUUCUACUAAGUCACACUAAGCAUGUGUCAAUUGACAAUUUACGUGGUAUGGGGAACGGUUUUGUAGUUCCUCAUUUUCACGGCAGUAAUUGAGAGCUUUGGUCUGGAGUACAACCCCAAUUUACGAGAUCGAAAACCAAUAUUUUACAGUUCCUGAAGGCUCUAGACUCUUACUUUGAUUUACAGUUUAGCUUUAUUUUAAAGUUUACAUAUUGCCAAAAUACUGUUAAGAAAUUAGAACCCACUAUUAAAAGAACUGGGAGACUGGUAUAAAAAAAGAAACUGAUUUCUGAUUUAACGACCCAGCUUGUUUUCCAUCACAGGAAUUUAUGUGAUGGAAAAAAAAAGCCCCGUCCCUUUGUAAAUACUAGGGACCGGUGUACACUCAUAAUGUAAACGAGAAAUCCUGUUUACGCUUUUAAGGAGUAAGGGCCACACACCCAUUUAAAAAAUGACGAUGGUCUGAUUCACACUCAUCAUGUAAGAGAUUCACAAUUAAAUUAAAUUUAACUCGGGUUCUGCGUAUGUUAAAACUACCCUCAGUACAACAGCCUCAACAAUUUUAUAUGGGCAAAUGUUUGCAAAAACAACAGAAUGCAUAUACAGUUCUUGAGCUGCGCAGACAAAGCUAGCUCUGCUGGUCUUGAUCGCAGGAAAAUCUGAAAAUGCAGUUAUGCGUUACAUUUCGAAAAAGUUUCUGUCUAGUCAAUAAACAAAUCAUAUUUUUUUUCCAACAAAGGCUACUCAUCGCUGGAAAUAAAAAGUAUUACACCUUUCGGGUAAAGUAAUUACAGCAGCCAAUACUGUUUCAUGUUAAAAUGUAUAUCCUGGCUUUAAAUGUCGCUCCCUGUUGUCACUGUCCAAAAGCUCAGUGAAUAUAUUCAAAACAAGUAAAACGAGUGUUUAACAUUUACAGCUCAGCUGGCUCCCUUUCUGUCUUCCUCCAAGAUGACGUCACUCUGCAAGAAUAGGCGCUCGGUGAGCCCAGGCCGCUAAUGUUUAUAUCAGUUUCGCCGGCACGAUGAUGCUUCAGCAUCCCGGUCUUGGUCCUUCGGAGAUCAGCGCGUCGGCUGUGGUCCCCUGCCUCUCCCCGCCGGGGUCGUUGCUGUUCGACGACUUCACGAACCUCACGCCUCUGGUCAAAGAGGAGCUGCGGUUCGCCAUUCAGAACAAGCGCCUGUCCAGCGGAAUGAGCUCCACCGUCAGCGACAGCGUGGGAACCACGUCUGAAACUAGUCCCGCCGAGCCGCCAAAUGUGAAGAAGGAGAUUACACCGGAAGAGUGUGAAAGGAGAAAGAGAAGAAGGGAAAGAAAUAAGAUAGCUGCUGCAAAGUGCAGGAAUAAGAAGAAAGAAAGAACAGACUGUCUACAGAAGGAGUCCGAAAAGCUGGAGUCCAUCAACGCGGAGCUGAAAGCCCAGAUAGAGGAGCUGAAGAACGAGAAGCAGCAGCUGGUGUACAUGCUGAACCUGCACCGGCCCACCUGCAUCGUCCGCGCGCAGAACGGCAGGACCCCCGAGGACGAAAGGAACCUCUUCAUCCAGCAGAUCAAGGAGGGGACGCUACAGGGCUGAAGGGCUCGCGCACAGCCAGACUAUCUCAGACCUCAGCGGCCACAGCCACGCGCGAACUCCACUGACUUGCGUCUUCGGGGACUCACAGGUGUUUAGCUACGUGCCAGCGGAAACUAAGCCAUCACACCUUGGGGUGUCGCCCUUUGCGCUCUGAACCUUAGUGACGUCUGCAGACAAGGACUAGACUGGGCAAGGGUGCCAGGUACCUUCACCUGCUGCAACUCAACCGCAACCGGGAAACGAAAAAGUCAUAGGACUCUAAAAAAUAUCCUACGAGUUUAUCUGUUUCUUUAAUACACUGUUGUCCUCGGUGAUAAUGUAUAACCUUUAUAAGCUUUUACUACUCAUUGUACAAGCAAGGCCGAAGCACAGAAAGGCAAAAAGGGGCACAGCAGAUGAUGGAGAUGUCUCACAAAAAAAAAAACUGUACAGACUCGGGGUCGAGUCCAGGGAAUCUGCGUGUUGCCCCACAGAAUUGCCAUGCACAUUCACAGUGUUUCAGUCCUUAUAACCAAGGCUGAAAGUUGUGUAUUCGUGUCUUCUGCCUCUGCUGAUAGGGAAAGCACUUACCUCUAUGAAAAACGUGUGUUGAUUGUAGUCUGUAUUUUGUUGGAUUGUUUCUAUUGUUGCUGCUGGGAAGUCUUGUUUUGUAGAUCCAUCUGUUUUCCAUGAGUCGAAAAAUAGGAAUCCCUUUCCUGUAGGAGUAAUGGAUUUAUGGCUGACCAUCUGUGAUUCUUGUGGUUGUUUCCACUUAAAUACUCAUCCAUCAUAUAUGAUGUGUGUCGCAGAAACUGCUGUUACUAUUCAUUCAUCUGUGAAAAGUCUUUUAUGAAGCUAUUCUUUGAAAAUCAGUUUGUUAAAAUCUGUAAUAAACUAUGCAGCAAUAACAAGAUGACACAAAACACGCAAAACACCUCAUCCAAUGGUUUAGCAGUGGGGAAGAAAGUGCAGAUGCUGUAGCCCACUCUCGUAGGUUAUAGUGUACCAAUCUGUUGUUCACCUAUAUGGAAUCUCUUUACCUGUGUGUCUAAAAUUCUGCAGUCCAGUUUCAAAGCUGUUCAGUUUCCAUUUUGUACAUUGCAUCAGCUGGGGGGGAUGGCCUUAUUUCCUUUCCUGUACAUUACCUGGUGUGAUCAGAAUAGGGAAACAUCUUGUAGGUCUGUGUUCCAGUUACACAGUGAACUGCAGAAGUAUUUUUUUAAAAAAACAAACUGUGAAUAGUGAAGGAGGGGGUGGUGGUGUGUGUGUGUGGUUAGAGAGGCCGUGCAGAAUUCAUGGCUGUACAAGACAUUUUCAUUGUUUCUUAACAAGCACAGUUUGGUCUUGUGUGUGACUGAAAGACUAUAAAGCCAGGAGAAACCAGUUGCUCCUUGAAUGUAACAGUGGGACGUGCAAGUACAAUUGCAUUACAAUUCCCAGUGCUCAAGCUUCACAGAUGUGGCCAACAUAAAUAGUUAAGGCAUUCACAGCUACCCGAAGCUCUGUUCUCACUGCACUUUACUGUAGCAAUUCACUUCUGAAAGUUUUUAGUUUGAGACCAGCACCACUGAGCGUAGCAUGACCAAAACUAAAACUACUUCAUAGUGAAACUCUUGAAGCACCAAAAUUGUUUAAUGUUUUUUUUCCCUUGAAAAAAACUGUGUUUUUCUUUUACACUGAUUUCUAGAAACUAAAGAAAACACAGUAGGACUGACAAUUUAAUUCGUACCGUACCUGUUGUAUAAAGUGGGGAAAAAAGGUUUUGUGAGCCAGUGACAAAUUGUGAUUUGAGCGAAAAAUAAUUUAUCAUAAAUGUUGAGCCUCUAUAAGACAAAAUAAUGCUGUGUUCGAAGAAAGGGAUUGUAAGAGACGCAGGCGUCAAUAUUUUAUUUGUGUUUGCUAUUACUUUGUGUAAUAAGAAUAGUUUACCUGCUAGCAUGCAAGACGUGACUAAGGUACUACCAAAUACUGUAUGUUAACGUAAGGAAAGCUCAACUUGCGUAAUGUGAUUUUUUUACUGUUGUAUUAAGCUUUGUUUCUCAUUGUUACACAAUAAUUAUCAGUGGUAUUAUUCUAACUACAAGAUGUAUGUCCAUUUUAAGAUAAAAUGUUAAAUUGUAGCCUAAUGAUGUUAAACUGUUAUCUGCUCUGUUCAGGUAAACCUAAUACAUGACAGAAAUGCAUUAAGGAGACAUUUCUCUACUGUGUAUGUGAAUUGUUUUUGAUACUUUAAUAAAAAAAAAUAUCGUUCUAUCAGUA